GUGUCUUUGUGGACUUGAAUGUGUACAAGCAAGACUUUGGAGAUCCAGCUGAGAGGGAACAUAAGGUUUGCGAUAUCAUCGAUCCGGAGACCGGGAAGAUGAAGAAAGCAGCCUUCAUUCCCAAGAGAAAGGCAGGGUACUUUGAGGGCGAAUUGGCAACGACACAGAAGCUUCAGAAAAAGGAGGUUCUGGAUUGUGAUCUCAAUGCUCUCCGCUCUGGCCAAGUAGACGAAUCUUUUGACCAACACAUGGAGAGCUUUGCAAAGUCAGAAGCUAUCAAUUCACUUCGCCCAAGCUCCAAGAAAGAAGACAACGAUGAUGAGGCCAAGGGCGAAGAGAUUGAUGAGUCUGAGUGCAUCGAGUUGAUGGUGGCCAUGCAGCAACGCGAAGACAGUCAACCCAAUUCAAGUGAUAGUUUGACUCACGAUGCUUUGCGCGCCCACGAUGCCGUUCACAGUGCGAAGCGUGUUGCAGGCAAACGCAAUGAUUUUCCAUCAUCAACAAAGAGGCAGGGGAGUGUUGUUUUAUCCACUGCGGCCAAACCUGCGCCUACGGCUCCAACUGAGAAACCAUCUGAGUCUGACUGGCUGAUCUUCUUGAAAUCUGGUUGGGACUCAUGCACUUCUGUGGCUGCCUUGGACCUUACUACAGAAAGUGGUGGCUACAUUUGCAACAUGCCUUCCACUGCAGACAAGGCCAAGUGGUCAGCAGCAGUCAAAGCUGUGUCUGCGCAGCUAGUGUUGAUCAAAGACUUGCUUGAAUCUGGCAAAAUCAAAGACCAAGAGAUCAAGAGUGCUGCCACACAGCUCAAGAAGAUUGCCAAUGGCAAAUGCAAGAAGGCUGGUACCAAGAGCAAACCUGAGUUGCUCUCAGACAGAUUCAAGGCAUUGAGUGAGUUUCUACUAGAAGUCCAGAAGUUCCGGAGUGGGAUCGUCAGCUCACGGAUGGGCUCUAUUUCGUCUGAGGACAUCUCCAAAGGUUCAUCGGUGACAUCGGUUCUCAACAAGAUGAAAACUGAUUUGACUAUGGGCUUGGAGGAUGCGGAUAAAGCUGCAGCAGCAGAGUUGGUUAAACAAGCAGCACAGGCUAUCUUUCUCUUCCCAGAUAAUCUGGAAUCUGGCUCGCCAGAGGAGAACAAUGCUUAUGGCAAGCUCAGUGAUUUCUUCUGGUUCACAAAGUCAGAAUUUUCCGAGAAUGUGCAGCAGCUGCAACAAAAGUUUCUGGCAUCCGCACUCUCACACAUCUUCACCACUAGCCCAAAGGAUGACUAUCAAUGUGAAGCUCAUGACUACGCUGCCCUUUUGCUAUGCUUUCUUCCCCAGCAAGAUGUCAUGGCCAAGGCAGUGCUUGAUGAACAUGUUGGAAAAUAUCUCGUGAUCUUGGGAAAUCUCGCAGGCAAGGUGAAGUCAAUCACCGGUGGUAUGAGUCCAGAAGAUGCAGCAACGCUUUCAGAUCAGCUGCAUCAACUCAAGAUUUCAAAUGUGGCAAAGGACGCAAAGUUACUCUCUCGAUUUCUCAUGACACCAGGCUACAAGAAGUUUGCUUUGUUUCUUCAGGCUGAACUGAGCCGAUCUCAGCAAGAUCAGGCUGCAACACAGCGUGCCAAGACUUUGCAGACUGAUGUGUCUGAAGUCAAUGCAAUCCUGACAGGCCGAACACAGGUGGGGCCGUUCACCUUGAUGCGCUUGGUUGAUAUGGUCAAAACUCUCCAGAAGCUUGUUGAGGGCAUCGCUGCUCUUCCUAUGGGUGAGAGCUCCCAGCGCAAGGAGAUCCGCGAGUUCAUCGUGGACCGCUUCACACAGACAGUGGGCAGUUUCCUGCGCACAUGGGAUGUGAUUGGGGCUGAGCUUGUGGAUGAUGUGAUGGCCUUUGCUGAUGCUUUUGGCAAGACGGAGAAGAUGUUAGAGCUGUGUGCUCCGCUGAAACUGACCACCAAGGACGUGCUCAAGAAUGUGGGCUACCUUUGUGAGGCUUUCGCUUUCCAACAUCAUUCAGAACAGUUCACGCAGGCUCUAUCAACACAAGAUGUGAGCAUAUGGACUGACAAUGGCCAGCCAGAUACACCUCAAGCUGAGCGAGCGCUGCGAUUCCAACACUUGUGUUGUGAUUAUCUGCCAAACUUCAAGCUUUGCGCAGCAUGGUCAGCAUUCACCAAAGAAGCACAGGACGGCUUCGACAAUCUGUUUGGACAAUUGCGGAAGCUAUCGAAGGAUGUGAUGUGGAAGCUGCACAACAUGGUCGUUGAUUUCUAUGGCACCUCCAAUGACAAACCAAAGGACGGGUGGAUGGCAUCAGACCCAGGCCUGGAGAAAGCGCAUGCCGACAUGAAGAGUGCACUCAUGAAACUCCAGGCACUUUGUCCGGCUGGAGAAGCUCCGUCUUCUGUGAUGAAGGUGCUUGAGACAUCCAUCAAAGAGAUUGACAGCAUCUUAGACGUGCAGCUCACAGCCGAGGAAAAGAAUAUGAAGGCAGAGAUCUGUGCAGAGAUCAAAUCUAUGCGGUCGCUAUUGCCAGCGUUGACCUUGGAGGAGUUGAUGAAUGAUCAGUCAGUGGAGUUUUUUCAGAGCCAAAUGGCUAACGCAUCUUCAGUGAGCGGUCGUGCUGGACCAUUUUUCGAGAGAAUUGAUGCGUCCAAACCACUUGAUCGCUUUGGACAAGAGCUCUGUGGUGAGGUCAACCAGUUGUCAUCUUUCUUGAAGGUGUUCUUGGCAUCGCUGUCUGCUUGUGGCAUUCUCAAACAGGCAGAUCCUGCCAAAGCUGCAUCGUUCGAGGAGACGCGGCUGAAACCCAGAGAUUUGUCAAUGGACCAGAUUCCUAAAUGUAUCAGGUCCAAGAUCGAAGCUCUUGCAAAGAAAUAG